AUGGAUGUAAACUAUUGUUUAGAUAAUAAUUUAAAUAACAAUAUAAAUAAUUAUUUACAAAACAAUAAUAAUGUUAAUACCACCAACACCGCUCAAAUAAAUAAUUUUAAAUCAAACGAAUCAUAUCAAACAAACAAUGCAUUAGAGCCUAAGCAAGAUUACCAAAGAGAAAUUUUAUCACUAAAUUCAAGACUUUUAAAAGAGAUCACAGAAAAUAAAAAUUUUAUUGGGCUCCUGUUAAAAAAAGUUAAUGAUAUUUCAAUAGAAAAUAAACAAUUACAUGAUUAUAAAAAUUUAAUAGAAUCGUCAAAACCAACUUUAAACAAUACAGAACAAAAAGAUAAUAUAGAAAAAAAACAAAAGGAAAUCGAAACUAAACAAAAGGAGAUUGAAAAUUUAAAUAUAAUUAAUCAAAAUCUUCACCAUGAAAUCAAGGUUUUAAAGGAUCAAAUUAAAAAGAUAAAUAAGAGAAAAGACGAUAGACUCGAAUUAGAAAGGAAACAAAAAGCUAUUGCUCAAGAAGAGUUGAUUUUAUUAAAGUCCCGUUAUGAUCAAAUGGUAACUCAAUCAAUGCGUGAUAAGAAUGAAUUACAAUUCAUCGAACAAACAAAUGUAACAUAUAUUAGCCAAAUUAUACAAUUAAAUGAAAAUAAUGAAAAGAAUGAAAAAGAAAAACAAGAACUUACAAAUCAAUACAGUGAUAUAUAUAAAAAAUAUAAUCAAUUAAAAAAUAGUAUGGAUCAACAAGAUACGGAUGAUAGUGAACAAGAUAAUAAUAGUAAAAAUGAUAAUAAUAUAGAUAAUAAUCCAAAAGAUAAUAAUAAUGAUGUUAAUAAUAAUAAUAGUAGUAGUAAUAAUGAUAAUAAUAUUAAUAGUAUUAAAAGAAAAUAUCAAUUUUCGGAUGAAUUAAUUCCAUCAGAGGAGGGUAAUCAACUUUCGCCAGAUUUAACAAAAAACACCAAUUUAAUCACCACCACCACCACAACCACAACAACAACAACUACCCCAACUAAAGAAAGAAAAAAAAAAUCAAAGAAAGAACAAGAUUUAGUUUUUUUAAAACAAAUUAUAGAUAUUAAUUGCCCUAUAACACUAGGUAUAAUAUCAGAACCUUGUAAAUCAAUAAUCUGUGGUCAUGUAUAUAGUAAAAAAGCAAUUUUUAGUACAUUUGGUCUAUCUGGUAGCACAAAGUGCCCAGUCUCGGGUUGUGACAAAACCAUUCACAAGACUUUAAUAGAAGCCUAUCCAGAGUUUGAAGGAACAAUCCAAAAAGAAUUAGAAAAAAGAGAAAAAGAAAUUCAAUUAAAAAAUUCUCAAAACACUAUAAUAACAAUAGAUUAA